AUGGACGAGGCCAUGAUCACGGGGCAAAUCAAAUCCCGUCUCGUCUCCAAAGGCGUUGAUGACAUUGUCAUUUGGGCGGCACCAUGGUGCAUGGUCUUCGAGGCCACGCACGUUGGCAGUGAGGAUGCUCAACUGUCAAAGGCGCCCAUCCAGCAAGACAAGCUGGCGGGGCGCUUUGUGUCAGGCAUCGUAUUGCUGCUGGCCGUGCUUAACAAGACGGGCACGCUGACGGUUGGAUCUCCACAAGUCAUGCGAUUGUGGCGCACGGCGGCGCUGUAUCCUGCGACGGACCUCAAGACGGUCUCUGGUCGGAGCAUCUCAGCAACCGUGGACAGCAAACCCAUUGCCAUUGGCAUGCCCAUUCGGCAGACGAUGCACGAAGAUGAGGAGACGCGUGGCUACAUGGUCGUUGUGUGCUCGGCAGACGGCAAGCUUCUGCCUGGGCUACGUUUGGUCUCGCUGACACGUGCAAGCCCUCGAGGCGAAGAAGGCGGUGCGCCUGCUGCGCCAGCAUGCCUGACCAUGGCCAUGCUCACGGGCGACAAGGAGGGCACUGCGCGAUCCAUUGGAGACAGAGGUUGGCAUCGACACCGUGCUCGCAGCAGCGUGCAGGAGAUGGAGGCGAAAGGGCGAGGUGGUGGUGAUGCCAUCCACUGGUCGUGGCAAGUGGCCACCUCUUCAGCAACGCCAACGACGGACGUGCACGCGAUCCGCGAAAUCACCAGCGUCCACGUUUCGGAGAUCCAAUCCAUGGCAACAGCCGCCACUUCGGCACCUUCUGUUGUGGUCCUGUGGCAUCAUUUUGAUGAGGGCGAUGGCUUGAUCGGCACCAUCAGCGUGCCUGCGAGCGGAGAGCAGCACCUGCUUGUGUCGGAAGGCCGGCAGUUUUGGCGGCCACGAUCGAUCAGAGGCAACGGCAGCGUGCACCAGCCCCGCGAUGGUGAGCGUGUUUUGACCACGUACAUCCUGGAGCAGUGGAGCAUGACAUUUGUUGCCGUUGUGUUGUGGAGCAUGCGAGGCUGGCAGCCCAUCACACAGCACAACGCCGGCCAGUGCAAGCUUCGAGUCAGCCACUUGGACACGCGACGCCAAGCACGUUCUCCUGUAUGGCCGAGCUUCGCGGUGCCAGCUGCCUUUGCUGAGCUGGAGCGAGCCGUGCGCAUGUUCCAUGUCACCGUGAGCACUGCCGUCGAAGAUGCCAAGACAGACACGCCGCUGUCUCUGUUGUCGUUUGCGGCCAACAAGGCCAGCCACGCGCCCGCACUCCGUGCCAUCUUCAGCACCUCCACCAGCGUGUCCUGGCUCGACUACAGCAUGGUGCACUGCGUCGUGGACAAGGUGUGUGAAGCCAUCAGGGCCUUCAACCAAGGAGGGCAACAAGCCCUGGCAGCGAAGCCCUGGUCACAGCGCGCGUCCCUGACGCACACCCUCGUCGCAGACAUCAUUCUGCUUGUGUGCACGUUUCCAAGCGAGCUUGAGCUUGCGACGUCCACUGCCGACAAGCAGUACAACCACCAGCAGCGGGCAUGA